GACGUCUGUCUACUAGUUGACUGAACAGUGAACACAAUUCAAUUUGUGUUUGAAUAAAAGUUUAUAGUUUAUCCAAGUUUGUCAUCAUCCGGUAACUGAAAAUGGCAAAAAAGGGUGCCAAGAAAACAAUGGUGGUGAGCAAAACGAAAAGAGCCAGCCACAUGAAACACAAAAAAACUUACAAGGCAGGUGCCAGAGUUCGCCAACCAUUCGUUAAACCGAAAACUCAACUUGGAGAUAAAACCCAACCGAAAGACAGCCGGCCAAAUCAACAGACAAAUAAGAAAAACCCUGUAACUUCUAUUCCAGGGUCAAAUAAGAAAAAGAAAUUCAACAAUGAGAAACCUAUUCCAAAAACUGAAGAAAUUGUUCAAGAUGAUUUUGAUGCCGAUGAAAUGAUGGACAUGAUGGACGAAGAAGAUGUCAGUUUCUUUAAAACAAAGGCUUCCAAUAUCCAACAAAAGAAUGCAAAUGCAGGAAAAAAACGAAAAAUUGAAGAACACAAUGGUGAGACAGUUGAAGAGGAGUACAAUGAGGACCUGUAUAACAGCGAGUUGACGAAGAAGAAAACAAGACACCUCCUUCCAAUCAAGACCAAGCAGGGCAUUGUUGAACAGACGAUUGAAGUUGACUACCAAUCUUCUGACGAGGAAGAAGAAGACGAUGAAGAUGCUGAAGAAGAAGAGGAAGCACCUAAAAGCAUGGCAGAAAUGUAUGCAAGGCGAAAACAGAAAAUUGAAGACUUGAAGGCCCUGAUUGGUUCCUCAUCAAGCAACAUUUUGGAAAAUCCUGAUGAGCGAAUGGAGCAUAUCAGUGCUGUAUUGAAACUAUAUGCCACCCUAACUCCCGAUAUUUUCAUUACCGGUUUCAAACUAAUUUCUGCUAGUCUUGUGGAACUCUUCAAGGAUUUGGCACCUGGAUUUGAAAUUAAAAUGACUUCUAAGCCUGGAGAAAGACUGAAGAAAGCUACCAGAGAAAUUUACGGAAACGAAGCUCGUCUGCUUAAAUACUAUCAGAUGUUCCUCAAGAAGCUAGAAGAAACUCUCUCUCCAUUGAAGGAGAUGAAAAAGAAAAAAGCCAUUGAUGAGUCCACUAGGAGAGUGGCAGUUUUUGCAUUGAAAUGCAUGAGCGACUUGCUGGUGUCUAUGCCACACUUUAAUUUUGCCAAAAACAUUGUUCACGCUUUAAUUCCGUUUACUGCUCACAAAGUGGACGAUGUACGCUUUUUGAUUUGUUCAGCAUUCAAGAAACUCUUCAAGGACGACAAGAAAGGCGAGAUUUCUCUACACGCAGUUCGACAAAUCAAUCACCUUAUCAAAAACAAGCGACACCACCAGAUUCCACCCGAUUGCCUCGACAUCCUAAUUGCGUUACGUAUCAAGGACGUUAAUUUAGAUCGGGAAAGGGAGGAAGAAAUUAGUAGGUACAAAACCUUGACUCGCAAAGAAAAAAUUCUCAUAAUGUCGAAGAAUGAGCGACGUCGAAGAAAGAAGAUUGAGCGGCUGGAGAAAGAAGUCGUCAUUGCCAGAGCAGAGCAUAGUAAAGGCAGUAAAACUAAAUAUCAGACAGAAACGGUCAAGUUGGUUUUCACCAUCUAUUUCCGCAUCCUUAAAAUGGCUCCGAAAUCCGGUUUGAUGGGUGUCGUGCUUCAGGGAUUGGCAAAGUUCGCGCAUACGAUCAACGUGGACUUUUUCACCGACUUGGUUGAAGUUUUCAAUAACCUCAUUGCAAAUGACCAGCUUGAUUAUCGUCAGUGUCUGUACGCCAUCCAAGUAGUGCUCAUUAUGCUCUCGGGUCAAGGAGAAGCCCUUAACAUCGAUCCCAUUCAUUUCUAUUCUCACUUGUACAAAGUUAUCUUUAGUCUUACUGCUGGCCCGUCGAAUUCUAACGUUCCGAUCGCAAUCGAUUGUCUGGAAAACAUGCUCAUAAAACGAAGGAAGAAGGUUUCAAUCCACCGUGUUUUGGCCUUCACAAAGCGAGUAUCGACUCUAGCUCUUCAAGUCCAGCACAAUAGCAGUAUAAGCCUGCUUAGUUUGGUCCGCGUUCUUAUGAGUACUCAUAAACAAACAGACAUGCUGCUGGAUUUAGAUACUUCUUCCGGCAGCGGAACUUUUUUGGCAGAAUUGGAGGAGCCCGAACAUUGCAACGCAGGCAGUACAGCUCUAUGGGAACUCCAUUCACUUGUGAGGCACUAUCACCCAGUUGUGGGAAAAUUCGCUCGACACAUCCUGCUCAAAAGCCCGACUACUGGCAAUGGGGCGUUAUCGAUGGAAUUGACUCGCAAGACACCAUUGGAAUUACACACGCAAUACGAUCCGUCGCUACUUGCUUUUCUGCCUGCCGUUCCGGGUCCAGCAUCAACCCCUAUCAACUUGAAAAAACUGAGCGCAGAGGAAUUUCACAGUUCAGAACUUGAGGCAUUCGUUUCAAAAGUAUUGAAUACUGACCACAUGAAACAGUGGGAGGAUGAUAUCACUGCACAGCAAUUGGCUUCAGCUACAAAUGGUGUACAUAGUUGAUUAUACCCAAUUGUUCAUUUCACAUGAUUAUGAUUUGUGAUCUUAAAUCUUAAACAUGAAAAAUAAAAAUAAUUGACAGGUUUCUA